AUGUUCAACCUGCCUGUUCGCCCUCAGCUCAGCUCACAAGCUUGUGAUGGAAUUCAGCCCAGCGCCCGAUCAACGUGGGCAUUGGGAAUCAGUGCAGAAAGCGGCUGCUUGCUGCGGUGCAAUGCCCCCCGUGCCCCCAGGGGGUGCGAGAUCACUGAGAUGGCAGUAGUCCAAGAGAGAAAAAGCAAGCAUGCGGUGCGGGCGGGGCCCACGCUCUCAGGCUUUUCGGCUGCCAGCACCGUGUCUCUCUGCAGCCGCCGCCCAGUCUGCCCCUGUUGUGCUAGACAUGGAGAUUCAAUGGUGAGUACCACCAGGAAUCCACAACCAUUUUGGUGCAGCCCAAGAAGCGACCGCUCGCCCAAUGAUGAUGCUCUCGUAUUCGGCCUGGCUGGCUGUGUGCUGAUGCUUCGAGGGUGUAUCAAGCAACUGUAUUACCACGGCGCCGGUGACUCUGUCCGCAAGAUAAGCCGCUGUGCGGGCGAUCAUGGGCAAACCAAGACAGUUCCAACCGGUACUGUGCAUUUCUGCAGGUAUGCGUUGUUGCUAUUUGACGCUGCCACAAGAUGCAUCGCCGCAACGGCGGCAUGGCUGUACACCAAGGCACUCCGCCGGGCUUCUUCUCGUGGGCCGAGUCGCAUCUUCCGGGGUGCCCAAGCCUCCACGGUCCUACUCGAAUCGUCUGGGAACUGGUCCCAUCGGCCCAGGACUCUGUGUCGAACGCUUGAUGCGACCAAUUAUCUGUCGUCCUGUCAGCAGCUCAGGGGCCCAAAGGGGAAACGUCCCAUGCGAACCAUGUUCUGCUCCCUGACUGACAACACCGCUGGAUGGCACUUGGCAAAAGAACGGCCCCGCCGUCUUCGUCUGCACGGCCCCCGGAGGCGAGUGGAUGAGGCGGUCCUGGGAAAUAGAACAAGUCGACAAGGUCUGCGCCUCGGGGGGUGGCUAGUGUCGAAGGACAGAAGAUCCAACUCACACCAAACGUUCCCAAGUCACUUCCGUAUCAACCCAAACAUGACUCGAAGCAGCAAGACCAACUCGGCAUCGCAAAGGCGCUCCAACACCUCGAGCAGCCACUCAUCGUCAUCGACCUCCUACCCCUCUGGCCAGCACUCCUCAACAGCAAACAGCUAUGGGAACCCUGGGUCCUAUGCUCAGCCAAGCGCGUCCGGUACCUGGUAUCCGGCAUCGAACGACUCACACCAGCAGAUGGGCAGCUACACCAACUCGCGUAGCUCAAGUGCGUCUGCCGGUGUCAGCUACUCCCAAGCCUCUGUAGCUGGUAGCUUUGCUGGUUCUAGCGAUCAACCGCGCCUGCAAGAACCAGGUUGGUCGCCAGAGGACCGCGCGGCGUACGCCCAGAGACUUUCUGGACCGGCAUCCCGUGCCCAGCCACAACAGCGAAGCCACGAAGAUGUACUCAGCAGUGUCAGGGAUCUUGGGUACGGCUACGGCCAGCAGCCCUCAUCGACACAGACAUACCACUAUGCUCGGCAGCUCGACGAUGACUUUGGCAUUCCAAGCAGCAGUCGCCAAGGUAUCUCGUCAUCUCGCCGGGAUACUCCUAGUCGGCCUUCCAGGCGACGAGAUUAG